GUGUAACCAUUAAGAACACAUCUGUUAGCUCUACGACACUGUCGAAGAAGGAAAAUCUUCUACUGAAACUCUCAGAGCGCAGUAGCCCAAUGGCUGGCAAAGAAAUGAAGAACAGGGGUGGUAAAUGUCUGAAGGAAGUUCAUAUAGUUUCUGAAGCUCUGAAGACCCUCUACCGGCAAAAACUGCUCCCGCUGGAGAAGUAUUAUGGGUUCUCUGAUUUCCACUCAUCAAGCCUUGAAGAUGCAGACUUUGACAACAAGCCCAUGAUACUAGUGGUGGGUCAGUGCUCUACAGGCAAAACUACUUUUAUCAGAUACCUUCUUGAACAAGAGUAUCCAGGAAGCCGAAUAGGCCCAGAACCCACAACUGACAGUUUCACUGCUAUAAUGCAUGGAGAGAUUGAGGGAAUUAUUCAUGGAAAUGCUUUAACUGUAGAUCCCAACAAGCCUUUCCGCAAACUCAGCCCGUUUGGAACAACCUUCCUCAAUCGAUUCCAGUGUGUACAUCUACCCAACCGAGUCCUAGAGAGUAUCAGCAUCAUUGACACACCAGGGAUCCUGUCUGUGGCCAAACGCAAAAUAAGCAGAGGGUAUGACUUUCCGGCGGUCAUCCGCUGGUUUGCGGAGCACGUUGACCGUAUUAUCCUCUUGUGUGAUGCACACAAACUAGAGAUCUCUGAUGAGUUUUCACACACUAUAAUGGCAUUGCGAGGCAAUGAGGACAAGCUCAGAGUGGUGCUCAACAAGGCCGACAUGGUGGACUCCCAGGAGCUGAUGCGAGUCUACGGCGCCCUCAUGUGGUCACUCGGGAAGGUGUUCUGCACACCAGAGGUUCUGAGGGUCUACAUUGGCUCCUUCUGGUCUUCUCCAAUGCGUAUGACAGACAAUCGGAAACUGUUUGAGCAAGAAGAAGAAGACCUUUUUGCAGGCAUUCAGAACCUGCCACGAAAUUCUGCACUGAGAAAACUCAAUGAUCUGGUGAAACGAGCACGACUUGUGAGGGCCCAUGCUUAUAUCAUUAGCUCUUUAAAAGAAGAAAUGCCUUUAGUUUUCUGCAGAGAAAAGAAGAAGAGAGAUCUAAUCUAUGACCUUCCCAUCAUCUAUUCAAGAAUCCAGCAGAGAUAUCAGAUUUCACCUGGAGAUUUUCCAGAUUGCGCCAAGAUGCAGGAGCAACUCAUUAGUCAUGACUUCAAGUUUAAAGGCCUCAAGCCUAAACUCUUAGCUGGGUUGGAUGAGCUCCUAAACACGGACAUAGCCAAGCUGAUGCCUCUUCUACGCCAAGAAGAAGAUCAAGCUGACAAACUUUUAGUGCAAGGAGGACCUUUUCUAGGGUCACACAGCAGACCUUUUACUGAGGGGAACCCAUUUAAUCACUAUGGGUCCAAUGGAGAAAGUGAUCAUGUCUCAGAUGAAGAAUGGGUGGUAUCAAAAGAUAAACCAAAGUAUGAUGAGAUCUUUUACAACCUCUCGCCUCAUGAGGGAAAGCUGAGUGGGACUAAAGUGAAGGGCUGGAUGAUGAGCACUCGUCUGCCCAGCUCGGUUCUGGGAAGAAUCUGGAAGCUUGCAGAUGUGGACCGCGAUGGCAUGUUAGAUGAUGAAGAGUUUGCUUUGGCCGGCCAUCUCAUUGAGGUAAAGUUGGAGGGCUUCGGGCUCCCUCAUGAGCUACCUGCACAACUGGUGCCACCAUCCAAAAGACAGCGCAAGAACUCUGGCACAGAGAAGAGAGACAAUGAUUAG